AUGACGCUUGACGUCCUAACAAGAUCGCACCAACCGUCCAAUCGGCUGAGAAUUAUUGGAAACGACGAUGACGUCAUUGAACGCGAAAAAGAACUUCGUCUUCCGCUUCACAAGAGAUUAGAAUUCGUAGCUGGCUUUGAUAUUCAUCAACUAGUCAGAGAUGCGCGUCAACACAGACACACCUUGCAUACAAGGGAGGGCUUUUAUUUGUCGACAUCGCCAUCCGAACUGGCAACUCUGUUCCAGCGAUCUCCGACGAGAGGAACAUUCCGAUCUUCUACUCGGGCUUCAAUAAAAUCAGCAAAACGGCUUAUGACGUCAGCAAAAUCGUCACAAAAUUCUACUACGUCAUCAUCGAAGCAAUCUGCGAAUACGAAUAUAUCAAGUUCGGGUUCGAAUCAAACUUUACCUUCAAGUCCAGACAUAAACAGCGACCUGCUUCGUUUCGACCACAUUCACGGAGCAAAUGUUACGUUAUCUUGUGAUAGAUAUACUGCUACGAGACGUCAUAAUAGCUUUUGUGACGGAAUAGUACUGGGACAUCGCCCAAUCAAAGUCGGGGAACGAAUUCAUUUUAGAUUUAACAAGGUUCGAAGAGAUUGGCGAGGUGGAUUUCGUCUUGGUUUCACUACACAAAAUCCUUCUACAUUAUCAACAAACACUUUACCAAGUUAUGCAGUUCCAGACCUUUCGCGGAAAUCCAGAUUCUGGGCUGUUCCCGUGCCUGACAAAUAUGUAGCGAAGAAUAAUCUGUUUUCUGUUCUUCUACAGCGUGACGGUCGUGUUCUCUACUUUAUAAACAACGAAAACAAAGGAACAUUCUUGAAGGGUGUGAACUACAAGAAGCGUCAAUGGCCGGUGAUGGAUUUAUACGGGCGAGUCAUACAGAUUACAAUUGUUGACGACGAAACAGCUGCGCAAGGAAAUGCAAGUUUUUCAACAAAUGACUCUGAUGACGAAGACGGAGGGCACGGAACCACGGCCGAAAUUCAAGAUGCCAGAUCUUGUGGUUUUCACGAAACAUGCGGGAGAAAUAUUAGGAUGGAUGCCAGAAGAUGCAUCGCCAAGAGAGUCGAUUCAUUUUGGAAUUCAUUAACAUUCCUGUCUGAAUCAUUGAGACCUCAUGACGUCAUCUACGUUGAGAUUGCAAAGGCAAACACAAAUUAUGCAGGAGCGCUCGGUGUCGGCGUAACAAAUGUGAAUCCUGCUUCAAUAAAUAUACACGAACUUCCGGACAACGCUGAUCUGCUUACGAAAAAUACGUCACAAUACUGGAACAUGUCACGUGAUGUUGAAACUUGUGAAGGUGAUCAGCUGGGAUUUGAAAUGAAUACUGACGGCCGAAUAACGUGCAGUAAAAAUGGCGAAUGUGCCAUUUCUCACUUGAAUGCUGACCUCAGCAGAAAACCUUUAUGGCUAGCAUUUGAUGUGUAUGGCAGCACCACAACAAUAAGACUAAUGGGAAUCAUACGAGCCUACGAUCCAUCGAUUCCACCCAAUGAGCAAGAGAGGCGAUAUACGCUAAACAUAGAUGACGUCAUAGCUUCUGAUGACGACACAGAAUGUAUGAUGUGCUUCAAGAAAGAUCGACAGAGAAACUGCGCCAUUCAACCAUGCGGUCACGUGACUCUGUGCUCCUGGUGCGCCAUCACUUGCAUGGUUAAACAAUCGCUCAGAUUCAUCGUUUGCCCGAUAUGUGGAGGACCGGUUCGCGAUGUCAUAAAGAUUCUAUCAAAUAACAAUAGAAGAGAAUCCUUGCUGCAAAUGCUCAUUGACGAACCGGAAUAAAAUGUGUUUAGCGUUGCCAGAUUUGAUAUUAUUAACCAUACAUUGUCCUGAAUACUUUGAAAUGUU